AAAUUAUUUUGUUUACACAACAUAAAUAAAUUUUGAAAUUUGUUGGCGGGAAAAAGAAAUAAAAAUUGAUUUUGUUUAUAUCCGAGGAUGAUUUAUUUGUUUGUUUCUUUAUCACCUUCUUAUUGCUGGUUCCUCUGGUAACAAAUCACAAAAAUGACCUACAUUAAGGUCGAUUGUUUUGCGAAACCAAUAAGAAAAACAUCCUUUUCUAUAACAAAAAAAUAUAAAUAUAACUCUUUAUAAGUUAAAUACCUUUUUAUUUACCUGAAUCCUUAAUUUUAAAUCCAAUAACCAUGGCCGAAUUCUAUGAAGAAUUGCCGCAAAAUGUCCAAAGAAUAGCUGCUAAAGGAAAUUUGACCUCACCACGUGAAAUCAUAGUGACUCCAAAUGAAAAAAUACUAAGCUUUGGAGCAAGUGCGGACGAUGUAAGAAUUCUCAAAACUGCAGCUGCAAAAUUUAUUGAACAGAACUUUGUUAAUGCUGGAGAUUUACUUCUUCCAAAAUACUCUUCGAAGUGGUCUCGUAUUUCAUUCGGAUGCGAGGCAUUGGAUAAGUGCUCUCGUGGUGGCAUUGUUACCCGUGGUAUAACAGAGAUUUGUGGAGAAUCGGGGGCAGGAAAAACUCAGAUUCUUCUACAUUUAAGUCUCACAGUUCAAUUAUCUCCAAAAAAUGGUGGUCUAGGUAAGGGUACGGCUUUUAUAUGCACAGAAGAUGCUUUCCCAUCGAAACGUCUCUAUCAGCUUGCCGAAGAAUUCAGUAAAAGAUAUCCCGACGAGAAAAUAAAUUAUUUGUCAAAUAUUUACAUCGAACAUAUCAUUGAAAGUGAAGAUUUGCUUAAAUGCGUCAACCAGAGAUUACUUAAACUCAUGGAAACAUCAACUAUUGGUUUGAUUAUAAUCGAUUCGGUUGCUGCCGUUUUUCGCAUGAAUUCAAAUAUCAUCGAGAGAGCAAAGCAAAUGCGUAAACUCGCCAAUUGCUUGCUAUUGUAUGGAGAUAAAUACAAUUGUGGAGUGGUUUGUGUCAAUCAGGUAACAACGGUAAAUGAUGCAAAUAGAAAUGUCCCCUGUCUUGGUUUGGCAUGGGCUCAUUUAGGUCGGACGAGGAUAAAAAUAUCAAAAAUUCCAAAGCAAAUUUCUGUGGAUAAACAUUUGAUAUCGUUGAGAAGAUUUGAGAUUAUGUAUUCGCCCGACAGUCCAAAUGAGUUUACAGAAUUUUUGAUUACAUCGAAAGGGAUUUGCAGUGUUGAUGAGGUACUUUCUAAGCAAUAAAGUGAUAAAUAUUAAAUCUUUAUUAUGUUGUUAUAAAUGAAAUAAAAUAAUAUAUUCAAGCUUAAAAGUGAAUUUUAA